GCAUAAACCCAACAUUAUCCGAUUCCUUUUACCUCGGUUUGACCAUAUUUCCACGCUCUCCGUCUUGUCACUUCAUUGGCCCUUCCGAGUUCUGGCCCAAAUCGUCUUCGUCCGUUUCAACUCGACUCAACUUCUCACCGGUUACGUGCGUACGUUACUAAUCUGUGCACCCGCUUGCCCCUACCCUCCUAGUCCUCCUCUUCCUCUUCUUAUUCUUUACCUCAAUGUUGCUUCUGAUUGUUGUUGGUAGAUGCCUCCGCGUUCUUUGAUAUCAACUGAAUCGAGGCUUCCUUUUGGAUUUUUUGAUAGGUUAGGUUCGCACUGCUUGCGUUGUAAUGGGGGGUGAGAGUGUGACUGAAUCGUGGUUUGGUAGUUUGAGGUGGAUUUCAAGGAAGGGUGGAUCUGACAAUGACAAAGGGGUGAUCGAAAUUUUAGCGUUUGAAGUUGCUAGCUUGAUGCUAAAGGUGGUUAAUUUGUGGCAAAGUUUGGGGGAUAAGGAGCUUCAUAGGUUGAGGGAAGAGGUUGCGAACUCAAUUGGGCUUAAGAAACUCGUUUCUGAUGAUGAUGAUUACUUGAUGGAACUUGCCUUGAAUGAGAUAGUUGAGAAUUUCGUAUUCGUGGCAAGGUCUGUGGCCAGGUUUGGGAAGAGGUGCAGAGAUCCCAUUUAUCACCGUUUUGAGCAAUUUGUUAAUGACCCUAUUCAGAAUGGAUUUCAAUGGGUUGGUUGGGAAUACAAAUGGAAGAAAAUGGAGAGAAAAGUGAAGAAGAUGGAGAGAUUCAUUGCCUCUAUGACACAAUUGUCACAAGAACUGGAAGUACUGGUGGAGCUCGAACAAACUCUUAGGAGAAUGCAGAAUGCUGAGUUAAAUCGGGCAAAGGUGCUUGAUUUUCAGCAGAAGGUAAUCCGUCAGCGUCACGAAGUGAGAAAUCUGAGAGGGAUGUCUCCAUGGAAUAGAACUUAUGAUUACAUUGUCCGGCUUCUGAUGCGUUCACUUUUUACGAUACUAGAGAGGAUAAAACAUGUACUUGGAACAUUUCAAGUGCCUUCUGUAGAGGCAAAUGUCGAUUCUCAGCUUAUGAAUAUUGAGUGUUUUCCUCGUAGCCAUUCCUUCUCUGCUAUUAUGUACUCUUCCAUUUAUCCAUCCGAGAAUAAUCUUGGUGGGUUCUAUUCAGGUUGUAUUGAAAGGUCAAUUUCAAAGCCAGGAAAUGCUGACAAGAGCAGUAGAAAGGAAAAGCAGCGACAGGAUCAUCAUUGGCCAUCAACAAUACAUGGAAACCACCCGAAUUUGGAAAGCAAUUGGUUUGCUCAUGCCGGACCUUUCAAAGGGUGCAUGCCUGGUGGAAGUGAAUCUCCUGUUGUACUGAGCUGCAAGCCAACUGGUGGUGGUUCUAUGAGGUUGAGUAGUGUUCGUAUGAAAAAUAUUGACGAAGACAGUAAAACCAACAUGAAAUCUUUUUCUUGCAGCAACAGGGUCUAUUCUAAAUUGUCCUUCUUCAACUCUAAGUGUAGGUCAUGGACUGCACCUCCAUCUAGUCUUGGCGGUGCCGCUUUAGCUCUUCAUUAUGCCAAUGUGAUUAUAUUGAUUGAGAGACUAGCUUCGGCACCUCACUUAAUGGACCUUGACACAAGAGAUGACCUGUACAACAGGUUACCCUCAACCAUAAGAAGUGCUCUGAGGGCUAGGCUAAAAUCGUAUGUCAAAACCAUGACUUCAUCUGAGCACAAUGCUGCCCUAGCAGCAGAGUGGAGUCUCGCCCAUGGGCAUAUAUUUGAUUGGCUGGUUCCACUUGCUCAUAACAUGACAAGGUGGCAUUCUGAGCGGAAUUUUGAGAAGCAUUAUGACUUUUCUAAAACAAACGUGCUACUUGUCCAAACACUUCACUUUGCAAAUCAAGCGAAAACUGAAGCUGCAAUUACCGAGCUUCUUGUAGGUCUGAACUAUAUAUGUAGGAUUGGCAUCGAACAUCAGAGGAAACAUGUGCAGGAGCCUGCUAUCAGGAGACCUUGUUAUGAUUAUACGUUCAUAAGGGAUGACAUUGCUUACAAUGUUUAAUAACUACAGAGAUUUCUUUUAGGUGUCAUAAAAUGUACAUGAUCAAUCUAGAGACAUGUCCCGUUCAUAUGGAAUGGGGUAAUAGACAAGACUUUCAGGAGAUUACUCUUUAUUUUUUCAUAAAAAGAUAGGGCAUUCCUUCCAUGUUGAGGUCUCCUUCUCAGCUUCCAUUUUAAUUUUUUUGUUUUCUGUUUGUUGGAGCUGGCAGCUCAGCUAAUUGAGUUGUUCUAUAGGGCUCUAGAGAUUCAUUUACUUAUUGAUAUGGUGGAUGAAUUUCACUUCGAUGUAAAGUGUAGUUUGUAUUGUAACAAGACGCCCACCGUGGUCUCAUGGAAUGCCAUAGUAAAUCACUCUUUUAAUGCU